UCCAGGCCAGCGUCCGGCCGGUCAGCCCGGCUUGGGCCUGGGGACAAGGGGCCGUCUGUGCGGCAGCAGGAGGUGUGGUAAGGCCAGGUGCUGCCGGCCAUGGAUCCAGGACAGAGAGCGCGAGCUGCGAGGACUGGGGACAGCGCCCAGGCCCCAGGCACCCGAGCUGCCGAGUUGAGACGCCCGGGCCGCUCGCCUGCCAUGGGGACCCUGCGGAAGCCCUUGGAGGAUGGCUCGGGGCCUGGCUUGUACAUCCUGCCAUCCACCGUGGGCUUCAUCCACCACGACUGUACCAGGGUGACCGGUCCUGCCUACUCACUGGCCCGGAAGCCCAGUGCAGCGCCUCCUCAGGACACCAGCCCAGGGCCCAUCUACCUCCUGGACCCAAAAGUCACCCGCUUUGGCCGGAGCUGCACCCCUGCCUACUCCAUGCAGGGCCGGGGCAAGUCUCGGGGUCUGGAGGUGACGCCGGGCCCUGGAGCCUACAGCCCUGAGAAGGUGCCCCCUGUGCGCCAGCGGAACCCCCCAGCGUUUACCCUGGGCUUGCGCCUGUGCCCAAAACCCCCUGACGCCUCAGCCCCAGCCCCUAACGCCUACACCAUGCCACCACUCUGGGGCUCACAGAUCUUGGUCAAACCCAGGAGCCCCAGCUACACGGUAGUGGGCCGCACAACCCCGGCCCGCAUGCUGCAGGACCCUGCAGAGAUCCCAGGCCCUGGGCAGUAUGACAGCCCGGACCCCAACGCCUACCGCCAACGCAGGCCAGCCUUCACCAUGUUGGGCCGGCCCCGGGACCCUCGGCCCCCUGAGGAGACACCUGGGCCUGGCAGCCACUGCCCUGAACAGGUCACCGUGAACAGAGCCAGGGCCCCUGCGUACAGCAUGGGUAUCCGCCACUCGAAGCGUGCAGCCAGCCUGGCCCCGGACACUGCACCCUGAUCCCCUGGGUCUCGGUGGGAAGAGGGGUGUGGCGGGGUACCCAGGGUGGCCGGGGCACUUGCACCCCCCUCCCUGCCUCUGGCUGAGGUCUCUCCAGGCCGCCCGACCCCCUGGUCCCUGGACUGCACCCCAAGGCCUGUGUAGCACCCCAGUUUCUUCUGUUGUCCCAGGCCAGGCCAGGCUAGGCUGGCAAAGUCUCUCUUCCGGGCCAGAGACGGGAACUUGGUGUUCAGUCCUACUGGGCCCUGGUCCCUGCACAGCUCCGGUUUCUGCCAAGCUUGGGCUCCUCCCUGCUUCUCACGGAGUGUGGCCCAAAGA